UUCCGGCGAUGUUUUUGGACUGGUAGGUCGGUCACGGUCGUGACCUUUACCAGAGGAAUUUCGUCGAGGUGGACGUGGGAUGGUGGCGAGGUUUGCGAAAGACAGACAGACAGACUGACUGACAGAGCAUUGAUUGGUGUCCAUGGAAUGGAAAGGAUGUUCGGUGAAGAAUCAGUCGGGUUUGCUAGCUCAGGAACGGAAUGCGCGAUUAUGAGGGCAUUUGAGGGUAGUAUCUGACUGUUCUGAGAACCGAUACUUUUUUAGAGUGUUUCGUUGUGUCGGAUCUGAUGUGGGUCCAGGGGGAGUGUGUAUGUGAUUGUUCGUGAGAGUUUUUUGGGUAGCAGAGUACGAGUUUGGGGAAACAUGGGGGUUUUCAGGCGAAUUUUGAUGAAUAUGGGGAAAAUUGAGUUUGUGUAAUUGGAGCUGGUUGCGAGUGGGGGUUGAAGGUGGGGUUGGUUGGUUAUGGUAAAGGACGAUUAGGAUGAAGUAAGGUUUUCGGAGACAUCAGUCUGGGUAUAGAGCUUCGAUCGUGGACCGUUGGGAUGGGAGAUUGUAGCAAGAGGGACGCAAAAUAAGCUUCGGUUGUGGGAAUUCUGGUAUUGCGAUCACUACGAAUUCAAUUUGACGUCAGACAGUUCUGAGUUUUGUGUUUUAGUGAGGAUGUGGGUUAAGGAUCAAACGUCUUGUCUUCACGAAUAAUUGCUUGCAAAAUUUAGUCGCUGCAAGUUUUGGACGAUCACCGCAAUAUUGGUGCGACAUUGAGCUUUUUAUGGUGUGGGCUUUGGCACAAAUAUUAUGGGGAAAUGUUGUAUCGAUACAUGAGCGGAGUUGGGGGAGGCAUCAGGUUUGAAUCAGGAUCUUAGCGAACAUGGAGGCUCUUCAUGUAGGGGGUGGGAGACAACGAGUCUCUCAUUCACAGUCUUCCACCUUCGCUUCUCAUGCAGCAUCUCUUUCAGUAUCGCUUGCGCCUUCAAUGCAACCAGCAACCUCGACAGACAAUGAUGGCGGUCCUAACAGGCGCGGCAUGGAUAGCAACAUGGGGGCACUCUGUGAACAUGUGCAAUUGGAAGGAUGGAAAUCGAAAGCUUUCUCAGACAUUAUCGUCAAAGCAAUGGGACGUACUUUCGAGCUUCAUCGUUUACUCCUCUCUCGGAGCUCCUUCUUCAGAAACAUGCUGCAGGGUCCCUGGAGGGAGGCUGGAGCUCCUGAGGUGACGCUGCAAAUAGAUGAUAAGAACGUGAAUGGAGAAGCUGUAGAAACUGCUUUAGCCUAUUUGUAUGGGCACUAUCCAAAGCUUGAUGGUAGCAAUGCCUUUCGAGUGCUAGCAGCUGGGUCUUUCCUUGAUCUUCAGGAUUUAUGCUCACUUUGCACAAACUUUAUUAUCUCUGAGCUUUGGACUGAGAACUUUCUUGCUUACCAGGCGUUUGCUGAAAGUCAAGAUUAUGGAGUACACGGUGAAAGGGUACGCAAGGCAUGUUGGGGUUAUCUUUGUCGUGGUGCAGCGGUUGAGCUUCGGGAGAUCCUUCCAAAGCUUUCUACGCAAACCUUGAGGAAGCUGCUGACAUCCGAUGAACUCUGGGUGUUGAAUGAAGAAAAGAGAUUUGAACUUGCAUUACACGUUUUUCUAGCUCGCGGUGUGGUGCUCGAGAUGCCACAGGUGCCAAACACUGAUUUUAUAGGUUCCCCUAUGACAGGGAACCUUGCACCAGAGGAUUUAAUUUUCUGUGCGUGCUCUGCUGAUAAGGAUCGGAAACUCGAAACCACUCUUGACAAAGUCACUUCUAGGUCGACAUCAAGUGAAGUGGAGGGUCAUCUGUCGCUGGAGGAUGCACCAGUUCCGGCAACGGCUCAAGUCACAGAAAGUGUGCGCGACAUUUUGUUUGAACUUGUCGACUCAGCUGUUCCUAUUUUGUCUGCCGCAUUUUCCCAACAGAGUUCUACUAACUCCAUACGAGGUGAUCAACGUGAAGGAGCGUCAGUGUGCAUGUACGACCAUGGUUUGGGGGCUUUGAACGGGAAACCUUUGAAGGAGGUAGAUCCAGCACAACCUUUUAUUGAGAUACGCAAAGAUGGAGAAGCUUGCACUAGUGGGGAUACAUGUGCUACUCCGGAUCAAUUGAGUUUCUCUGGUAUUGAGCCGGGGUUUUGUGGGCGGUUCUGCUACGAAGAACCUUGGCAUCCUCCUCGAACUGGUGAACAGGUUGGUCUUGGUCCUUGCUCACCAUCACCGGAGACGACUUCGUCCUCCCCUAGUAGUAAAGUAAUUGAGGAUCAGUGGCCAAGGGAUAAUGCAUGCCCGAUAUUCUCAUGGGGUGGGCGAGUGGUGGAGAGUAGAGUGAAAAAAGCUUUUCCCAAUAGUGGAAAUUGGGGCUCAGCAGAAGACUGGGAGGCUUUCCUAGGAGUAUUCGAAGGUGGAGGUGUCCUCUAUUGUCAUAUGGCGUUUGAUGAUUUGCUCUACAUGCGAGGGCGCCUGGAAGAGCUUGGUUUUCCAUGCAAAGCAGUUGCUGAUAGCUUGUGGUUACAGACACUUUUACGGCAACAAGUUUUGACCAUCGCUGCCGACACUUGUAGGAAUUGUAGUCUUGUGUAUGGAAAUUGCAGUUGUCGUCAAGUCGGCUCAAGUUAUGCUCAUGGGAGAACACCAAGUCUACACCAUAGAGACGACGGCCAAAGUGCGGGCCCUGUACCCACUGGAAUUUUUCCUGGGGCAGAGAGAAUCGGUGGCAACUCAGGUAGCGGAGUUGGUGCAAACUCCCAGUCUGCUGGUCGAGUCCAUGUUCGCAACACAAUGGAUGGUUUAGCAGGUAUUGGUCGAGGGACAACUUUUGGACCUCCUGGCAGUUGGCCAGCUCCUAGAUUUCUCUACAUUCCUUCCUUAGGGGCGUAUGGUGCAAGAGGAAACCCCCUGCAGAGUGGAGUUGGAAAUAAUCAAAUCGAUCCAAGGCUUGAUCUUGUUGGACGUGAGUUACCUCCCGGUGCGCAUAGUACACUUGAUGGUCGUACUCAAGGAAGCACUGCUUCAGCUAGUGUUCUAGGUCAAGGUCAACCAGAUCCCACCUCAAGGGCUGAAGAUUCACCAGCUGCAUCAAAGCCUGCAGAUAUUGAUGCGAUGCUGAACAACAUGGACACGAACAAAGCUCUUGCUACAAGGAAAUGGGAAGCAGGUGAAGGAGGAUCAAUAUUGUUGGAUUUGAACACACCUUUGCGAAGCUUUCCUCCAUUCCGGUUUGGGGUUGAAUUUGAAGAUGUUAAUCGCCUUCAAGACGGCCAGUCUAAGCAUUCGACAGAAGCUUUUUAUGCUGGUUCUUUGUGGAAGAUUAGUGUGCAAGCCUUCAAUGACGAAGAUCCGAGGGGGAGGCGCACACUUGGUCUUUUCUUGCAUAGGCGCAAAGCAGAGGACAUGGGUCCUCAUAGAAAGGUUUCGUUCUACACUGACACCAGAGAAAAGGUGACAGCUCGCUACCAACUGAAAUGUCCAGCCAAGCGAGGCGUGAUUUCACUUGGAAGCCUUACUCAGGCUGGUACGUUGUUACCCAAGGCACCCAAAGGGUGGGGCUGGCGAACAGCUUUCUUAUUUGAUGAACUACCAGACGUUCUGCAGGGUGGCUCUCUUCGAGUGGCAGCUGUUGUACAACUUGUCUAACCUGCACCAUUAAAGGAGACAAUUGCAAGAAAUUAUUAUUUUCUUUGUUGCUUCGAAUGUUAGCAAUAUGAAACAAGGAGAGAAGUAUUGUCCUGAUUAGUGGGGGGUGUUCCCUUGCGCUGUGGGGACUCGAGCACACAAGUACAUGAUCUUGUUUGCGAGUAAUCACGAAGAGAUUGGCUCGCAAUUUAGACGGAACCAUAACAUUUCACUGUAGAAAUUUUAUGAGGAUCGACAACAGUAGUGAGUAAUUUAGUCAAAUCAGAAUGGCGAAUCUCAUUUUGUAGCUGCUGAACUAUCUUCUGAAUUUCUUUUUUGUCAAUAUUACUAGCUCAAGUGCCCAGACCAUUGUGAUUAAAUACCUA